CAUGCAUGUCAGCCAGCCCAGCUAACUAAGGUAUGACCUGUCAGUCAGUCAGUCUCUCUCUCUUCUCGCCAUUCCUCAUGCUGAAAUAUAUCCAUCCUCUCUAAUCAAUACACGGAGACAAUUGAUUGAUGAUUGAACCUCGCCAAUGGUUUCGAUGAUGUGAUUUUGUUACAUAUUGUGUUAUCUCUCCACAUCCCUACGAGUACAUCCAUAAUUUUACUUUCUGUCGUCAUUGUUCUAACACAAUAACGUUACCCUUUCGUCUCCGUCUUUCCAAUUUCCGGAGAGUUAUACUGUGGGGAAUAUCUUCGUUCCAUCAGGACCUCCCAGCGCCGCGGGACAAUUCCCCUCGCGAUUCCUGCGGUGUCGAGAUAUUCAUUACUUGUGCCUGGAAACGUUAUUUUGGACAUGAUGAGAAUCACAUUAGAGCAUUUUGUGCGAACAAUCUCUGAACUCCUCGGGUGGCUCUAUUUCCUCUGCUGGUCCGGUUCCUUCUACCCACAACCGCUGCUCAACCACCGCCGGCGCAGCACCGCGGGCGUGUCUCUCGACUUUAGCACCAUCAACGUCCUCGGCUUCGUCUGCUACACCAUCAGCACCGCCUCGUUCCUCUUCAGCCCUGCCAUUCGCGCCCAAUAUGCCGCGCGCAACCCGUCGGCGCCGGAGCCUGCCGUCCGCCUCAACGACUUUGCGUACUGCCUGCACGCGGUGCUGCUCAGCUCACUGACGUACUCCAUGUUCUUUCCGCGCCUGUGGGGCUUCGAUCGGACCGUGAAGCAGCGCUCUUCGACGCCCAUACGGGGCGUGUGGUGGGGCAGUUUGGUGGGCGUUGCGGGAUCAUCGAUCCUGGUGCUGGUCGCGAGGGCACGCGCGGGUGGAGGAAUCUUGGAUAAUGAUGGCCCUACGUCUUUUUUGAAUAGCCAUCCUGAGCGAUGGGAUUGGAUUGAUGUCGCCUACGCAUGCGGCUACGUCAAGCUCGUCAUCACCAUUAUCAAAUACACCCCGCAGGCAUACAUCAACUUCCAGCGCAAAUCCACCGUGGCAUUCAGCAUCCUGCAGAUCCAACUCGACCUGCUCGGCGGCCUCUUCUCCAACGUUCAGCUGAUUCUCGAUUCGUCCCUGCAGGGCGACUGGACAGGUGUUACGGGCAACCCGGUCAAAUUCGGAUUGGGGAACGUGACUAUCCUUUUUGAUAUUGUCUUUAUGGUUCAGCAUUAUUGGCUGUACCGAGGCAAUGAUGCUACAUCACCAUCACCACUGGCUGGCGUUGACGUUGAUGUCGAUCCCAUACUGGGUCGGAAGAGCAUGGACGAUUUCGAAGAAGAAAACGGUGAGAGACGACCGUUAUUGUCACAUGCCAACUCUCGUAAUUCUGCUCCUGCGCAUUCCGGAUCUGGUCAUGGUCCUGCAGUCCGCGACGAGGCUCGUCGGAGGGCGACGGUAGAAGAAGUCGUUUGAUUGUGGUUUUUUGGGUCUCCAGUAGCGAUGUAGAGCUUCCCUUGGUAUGACAGAGAGAAGAAGAUACCCCCGGCAUAUAGUUGGAUAUUUUAUGCGCGGCAUACUCAUUUCGAUAUGGCUUUUUCAACACACACUUCAUCAACAUGGCAUACAUGUUCAUCAUAAGCAUACUUGAUUGAAUUUGGAAAUGUUAGAUCCAUGAUGAAAUUUUAUUAUCACCGAGCUCAGAAUGGAAUCAGAGAU